GGAAUUGACUCAAAAUCCCCUGAAAAAGAUCUGGAUGCCGUACAGCAACGGGCGGCCCGCCCUGCACGCCUGCCAGCGCGGUGGAAUAAUGAAACAUUGUGAUGAAUUUGCAAGUUGGCAAGGACCUCGGAGAACAUCUAGUCCAGCUCCUGGUGCAUGAAUGGAAUGGAGCCCAGGAGACUGGUCUGCAUGACCAACUGCCCGACGCUCAUCGUCAUGGUGGGCCUGCCAGCCAGGGGCAAAACCUACAUCUCUAAAAAGCUGACUCGCUACCUGAACUGGAUCGGCGUGCCCACGCGGGAGUUCAACGUUGGCCAGUAUCGCCGGAACGUGGUCAGGACGUACACCUCCUUCGAGUUCUUCCUUCCAGACAACGAAGAGGGCCUGAGGAUCAGGAAGCAGUGUGCGCUGGCAGCCCUCCGUGACGUCCGGCGGUUCCUCAGUGAGGAGGGGGGACAUGUGGCGGUUUUUGAUGCAACGAAUACCACCCGCGAACGGAGGGCGACCAUCUUUAAUUUCGGGGAGCAGAACGGCUACAAGACCUUCUUCGUGGAGUCCAUCUGUGUGGACCCUGAGGUCAUAGCUGCCAACAUCGUGCAAGUGAAGCUGGGCAGCCCCGACUACGUCAACCGUGACAGCGACGAGGCCACGGAGGACUUCAUGAGGCGCAUCGAGUGCUACGAGAGCUCGUACGAGUCUCUGGACGAGGACCUGGACAGGGAUCUGUCCUACAUCAAGAUCAUGGACGUGGGGCAGAGCUACGUGGUGAACCGGGUGGCCGACCACAUCCAGAGCCGCAUCGUGUACUACCUCAUGAACAUCCACGUCACCCCCCGCUCCAUCUACCUCUGCCGGCACGGGGAGAGCGAGCUCAACCUCAAGGGCCGCAUCGGCGGGGACCCGGGGCUGUCCCCCCGGGGCCGGGAGUUUGCCAAGAGUCUGGCCCAGUUCAUCAGUGACCAGAACAUCAAGGACCUGAAGGUCUGGACCAGCCAGAUGAAGAGGACAAUCCAGACGGCCGAGGCCCUGGGCGUGCCCUACGAGCAGUGGAAGGUCCUCAAUGAGAUCGACGCGGGCGUCUGUGAGGAAAUGACCUACGAGGAAAUCCAGGAGCAUUAUCCACUGGAGUUUGCCCUGCGGGACCAGGACAAAUACCGCUACCGGUACCCCAAGGGGGAGUCCUACGAGGACCUGGUCCAGCGACUCGAGCCUGUCAUCAUGGAGCUGGAGAGGCAGGAGAACGUGCUGGUCAUCUGCCACCAGGCCGUGAUGCGCUGCCUGCUGGCCUACUUCCUGGACAAGACGGCGGAGGAGCUGCCCUACCUCAGGUGCCCGCUGCACACGGUGCUGAAGCUGACCCCUGUGGCGUACGGUUGCAAAGUGGAGUCCAUCUACCUGAAUGUGGUAGCGGUGAACACGCACCGGGACAGGCCCCAGAAUGUAGACAUCUCGCGGCCUCCAGAGGAAGCCCUGGUCACAGUCCCUGCUCACCAGUGACCCCGUCUCAUCCACUGCGACCCCCGGGCAGGCGUCGGUCUCCGCGGAACUGACGCAGGAACACCCUCGAAGCCAUGUGCGGCCGGGGCCCCCAGCACCCGCGCCCCAGUCCACCUGUUUCCUGUCGACAGUGACGGGGUGGUGCCCGAUGCCACUAAAAGUCAUUCAGCCAGACUGUGCCCGCUCCGGGCGGUGUGAGGUCUCCAGCCCCUGCCUAGUCCUGCUCCGGUAUAGCCUUCAGGUCUUCCCUCCCACCGUUAGCGUGAAACCCUACAAUGUGAAACCGGGUGUUCCCACCACGGCCAAGCCGCCUGCGCGCCCCUGGGGACGCCUGCAGGGGCUCUGCCGCCCUGUCUGCGGCCAGCUCCUGAGCCAGAGGCAUGCGUGAGAGGCCAGGUCCUCACGGCUGCCGAGGUCCGCCGCCCCAGCUGAGAGGAGCGCCCUGGUCGCCGAGCCCUGCCUGGAGCCGGAGAGCUUGCACCUGCGCGGACACCUGGGCGGCCAGACCCGAGGGUCUGUGCCCCUCGGGAAGGUGACGGGCUCGCAUCGAUGCGACGCGACGUGCAGGCACGUGCCCGGAGCUCAGCACCGUGGCCACCCUUCCCAGUCACGUACACUGGAGUAUUUUGGGAGCCGGUAGCCAAGGCCCCCCUUCCUGACUACUCUCUCAGUGAAACCAGGGAAAGAUGGGGCCGGGGUGGCGGGGGGUUGUUUGAAUCACCCUCCCCAGGCCCCGACUCGAAGGGGAGGCUGCCGGCCCAUCUCCUGCCCCUCCCUGCCACCCCGCCACCAGGCUUCCUCUGGGCCCCUGUGCCUGGGUCCGCACAGGCGUGCGCACCGGGCCGGGGACGGACGUUUGCUGUGAAAGGUUCGGAAGAGCUUGUGGUGGUCCCGCACGGCCUGGGGGCCUGGCCUUGGCUGACCGCCACCUGUGGUGCUGAGCGGCAGGGAGGCCGGAACCCGGAGGGAGCUGGUCCACGGGGGACUUUCUCGGACACCUCGCAGCCUUUGAUGCACGUGCACAGGAGCCUGUUGGAAGUGACUUCGGGGGUCUGCCAUCUGUCACGCCCCUGAGCCCUCGGGGCCCAGAGAGGCAGGUCAGGCAGCAGCCGGAGACACCUGCAGGCUCGGGGGGGUGGGGGGUGGAGAUGUCUGGGUUUGUAGUCGAAUGCCUCCUGCCCACGGGGGACCUUGGUGGAGCCAGGCCCUGGGACCCGAAGCCCACUUGGUCCCCACAGCCCUCCCAGGGCCAGGCCUGGCGGGGCAGCCCACCUGCCCCACGCCCCAGGGCUGUGCAGCUCCCGGGAGCCUCCUGCCGCGGGGGUGGGGGAGCGUGUGCCCUGCCCGUUGCGGGGGGUCUCGCUUUUGUGUGCUGCAGCCGCUGUGGACACACGUGGUGGGGAGAUGAUGUCGGGUGAGGCCGGGGCAGCGGCCCCCACCCCGGACUCACCUCCCGUCAGAGCCCUGGAGCCGGAGGACCAAGCCCCCAUCUUUGGGUCGGGGGGACUUCUGCCUUUGCCCCUGUGUCCACUGGGGUUUUGGCGACUUGACCACAUGGACACACUCACUUGUUAGCCAUAGCGGGUCCCUUCGGCCCUUCGGUCGGUGGCGCACGUCUGUGGAUGUCACCGCCCCUCCGGGACCUCAGGCCAGCUGAGGCGAGACCAGCGAGGCCUUUUCGCUCCGUGUCCAGAGGGGGGUCAGGACCUGCGGGACCUGGGUGUGUCCCGAGGACUGGGCCUGGGGCCGCAGCAGGGCCUCGGGCGGCCCUCCCCGCCUCUGCCUGCGAUGGCUCUUGGCUGCCAGGCCUCAGCCACGACAGUCACUGUGCUUCUGUGGUGGCUGUUUUCCUGCUCUCCCCAGAGCGGGUGGUGUUGGGUCUCGCCGCGCAUCACACUGUGUCCAGCGUUCUUUGCAAUAAAUACAUUUUUUUAAAGA